AUUGUUUCCAACUUUUCCCUGUCAGUUGCUUUCCCCAUUGAUGAUGAUGACAAGAUCGUUGGGGGAUACACCUGUCAGAAGAAUUCUGUCCCUUACCAGGUGUCCCUGAACUCAGGCUACCACUUCUGUGGUGGCUCCCUCAUCAAUUCCCAGUGGGUGGUGUCCGCGGCUCACUGCUACAAGUCCCGAAUCCAGGUGCGUCUGGGAGAACACAACAUCGCAGUCUCUGAGGGUGGCGAGCAAUUCAUCAAUUCGGCCAAGGUCAUCCGCCACCCCAGUUACAACUCAAACAAUUUUAAUAAUGACAUCAUGCUGAUUAAACUGAGCUCACCCGCCACCCUCAACUCUCGAGUGUCUGCUGUGUCUCUGCCAACAUCCUGUGCGGCUGCUGGUACCCAGUGCCUCAUCUCUGGCUGGGGGAAUACCCAGAGCGUUGGGGAAAAGUACCCUGAUGUCCUGCAGUGUCUUCAAGCCCCCAUCCUCCCUGACAGCAGUUGCCGCAAUGCCUACCCUGGCCAAAUCACAGGCAACAUGAUCUGUCUGGGCUACCUGCAGGGUGGAAAGGACUCUUGCCAGGGUGACUCUGGUGGGCCUGUGGUCUGCAACGGAGCGCUCCAGGGCGUUGUCUCCUGGGGUGCUGGCUGUGCUCAAAAAGGGAAGCCUGGUGUCUACACCAAGGUCUGCAACUACGUGAGCUGGAUUCGGCAGACCAUCGCCGCCAACUAAGCAUGUAAGCACAUGCACCCUCCAUGCACCAAACUGCUACUCACGUUCACCUUCCACGCAUGCCUGACAACAGUAUCUAAAUAAAAACAUUUUGUUCCACA